UAGGCCUACUUGAAUUCUAGUAUUGGCCUAUGCAAGAAGCAACAAGCAAACUUGAAGUUGAGAUCGGCAUUGAAUUUGAAUGUCAUAAGGAAUCAAAUCAAUUUGAUGAAAAACUUUGUUGUAUUUAUAAGGUGUGUAUGUUACCAUGACAUUUUUCUCCAAACCAGUUAACUGUGGUUUCACCGUCCAAAGAUUUUCAGUAUGUAUUCCGUUAUUGGUCUAUGUAAUAUUUAUUUUUGUACUCAAUUUUUCUUCUGUACCAUUGAGAUCAUCAGAAAAGAGUAGUUUAGAAAAAUUAUUCAAAAAGACAAUUGUGCAAAACAAAGAUAAAAGUGUUGUUUUGAGUGUAAAUGUGGUGGACAAGGAUAGUCUCCAACGUAAUUUUAAUAAUGAAGACCGGAAGAAUUUUCCUCCCACUGAACUGCUAGCAUCUAUAUUCCUGAAAGUUGACAAGGAUGCAGACAAACUGUUGACAAUUGAGGAGCUCUCAGAAUACAUACAUUUGGAAACUCAAAAACACAUCAACCAGGGUGUCCAAGAAAAUUAUGGACUGUUCAUAUCAAUUGAUAGGGACCCAGCUAAUGGUGUUGUUUCUUGGGCUGAGUACCAUAAAUACUUUCUGCUUAAGAAUGGGCUUGGGGAAGAUUAUGCUGAUCACCACAAUGAAAAACAUAGAGAACUGCAGCGUUCUGUCAAAGAAAUCAUUGCAAGAGAUAAAGCGUCAUGGUCAGAAGCUGCAAGGUCAGAUCCAGAUUCACUGACGUUGGACGAGUUUUUAGCAUUCCGCCACCCUGAAUCUAGUCAUGUGACCAUACUGGCUCUGGUAGAUGAACUUCUGGAUAAGCUGGAUCGUGAUGGUGAUGAGUUGCUGACAGAAGAAGAGUUUGCUCGUCUUCAGGUGGGGGAGGGGGGAGAGGUGUUGUUGUCUCAGGGAGAGACGGAGCGUAGAGCUGAGUUCCGCAGUUUCCUAGACAUUGACCACGAUGGUAAAGCCGACAGGAAAGAAAUAGUGAUGUACAUGGACCCCAAACACCCGAGACACGCGCGGGAGGAGGCAGAGACCCUAGUGGCGUUGUCAGACAUCGACCACGAUGGAAAACUCAGCCUAUCAGAAGUACUCAGCAAGAUGGACCUAUUUCUGGGCAGCAAAAUGGUUGACACUGCCAAAAGCUUUCAUGACGAGUUCUGAGUUUUGGUAAGUAAGAUUUGUGAUAAUGCUAAUCCCAAGGAUCCUGGCGACUUUCUGUUUAUAAGUUUAUAACUUAUAUCUACUGUAGGUAGCUGAGUAACUGUAGGGCUCACCCAAUUGUAUUUUUGCUUGUUGUUGGAGAGUCACUAGUUUAAUCCUGAGAAAAAUCAAUAACAUUUUAAAGGUUUGAGAUUGAACUUAGCUUUCCUUGACCAUUGGGUUCAACAAAAAAUUGACGAUAGAUAGUAACAAGACAAGGCUUUGGACUGUUCCCCUAGUAAGGAAAUAAAAAUGCUAAUGACGAUUAUGAAAUCAAAUGCAGAUUUUU